CCCCUCUCUCUCUCUAUGCAUCCGGUGCCGAGUCUGAUCUCUAUAUAAAGCCUCAGCUCCACUGCAUUUUAUGAGCAGCAAGAAAGAAUAAGGUGGAAAAAAUAAGAAAGAUGGCUGGUUCUUAUGCAUCUCUUACCUUGUUGGUAGUAUGGUUGAUUGUGGGGCAGCAAGGCCCCGUCGUCUUUGCACAAGUUGCUUCUCUUAUACCAGAGUCUCUGUUUAAUAAUAUGCUUAAGCAUAUGAAAGAUGCUAAUUGCCCUGGAGGACGCUUUUAUACCUACAACGCUUUCAUUACUGCUGCCAAUUCGUAUCCGGCCUUUGGAACUACCGGCGACACGACUACCCGAAAGAGAGAGAUCGCCGCUUUUCUUGCUCAGACCUCAAAGGAGACCACUGGUGGAUGGCCAAGCGCACCUGAUGGCCCCUACGCUUGGGGCUACUGCUUUGUGAAUGAGCAAGGAGGAGGUGAUUACUGUACGGCUAGUGCUCAGUGGCCUUGUGCUGCCGGGAAAAAAUAUUACGGCCGAGGACCCAUCCAAAUCACACACAACUAUAACUACGGGCCAGCAGGGAAAGCAAUUGGCUUUGAUGGCAUCAACAACCCGGACAUAGUCGCCACCAAUGCUGUCAUCUCCUUCAAGACGGCGUUUUGGUUUUGGAUGACUCCACAAUCGCCCAAGCCCUCUGCCCACGAUGUGAUCACCGAUCGAUGGACACCGUCAGCAGCAGACCGCUCGGCCGGCCGGCUCCCUGGCUACGGUGUCAUCACCAACAUUAUCAAUGGUGGCUUGGAAUGUGGCAGUGGCAGUAAUUCCGCAGUGGCUGACCGCAUUGGCUUCUACAAGCGUUACUGUGACCUCCUUGGAGUUCCCUAUGGAAACAACCUCGACUGCUACAACCAGAAGCCUUUUAAUCGCUAGAAUAAAGAUCAGCUACAACCAGAGGCCUUCCAAUAGUUAGAAUAAAGAUCAGACUUUGCUCACUGUAGUAAUGGAUCUGCAAGAAAUAAUAAGGAAAUAAAGGCCUUAACUCAGUUAACUCUAA